GCGCGCGCUCAACGCUGGCAGCGUCAGAGUAAAGCAACUGACGAAGCUCCACGGAGAAUAAUUCCGUAACAACGUUUCACAGCAGUGGACGCGUGCAGCGGACAGAAAUAAAACGGCCGAAACAAAAGAAGUAUAGCAAAAAAUACAUCAAAUCAAAUAAAACAGUUUUUUUUGUGACUCGGAAGCAACGCAAAGUCAACUAAAAGCGAAAAACGGCAAAUAAUAAAACAAAAAGGAAAAAAAGAAAAAAACUACACAGCAAAACUAAAUAAAAAGAGACAAUAAACGCGCACAAAACUAAAAUCGAGGCGGCCAAAAACGCGAGCAAAACGCGUGUGUGAAGGGAAUACAUAAAAUAAAAGAAGAAAAAAACAUUGUUUGUAUUUUUUGUUUUGUUUGUUUGUUAGUUUUUGGUGCUCGUUGACUGCCAAACAAAAGAGAACUGCAACUGCAACUGCAAUAAAAACAGCAACAGUGACUGUAACUGUAAAAGUGCAAUUACAACUAGACAACAACUACAAACAACAACAUCAACAACAACGAGAUAUGGACCAAGAGCAGCAGCUAAAUGGCGCGAUGCGCAACGUGUCUAUAAAUACCAACGGACUAGCCACAAAUCUCAAUGGGCACAACAGUGGCAAAGGCAGCGACGAGACGGACAAUGUGAGAGUUCAGCCUGCAGUCAGGGCGGGCAGUGGCACUGGCAGCGCAGUCGCCGCCGCGAGUAAAGCGACAAAUGCAAUGACAGCGACAGCAGCGACUGCGACCGCGACUGCAACUGCAACUGCGACUGCGAUAAAUGCAAAUGCAAAUGCAUUUCAAAUACAAACAGCGAGUGCAGCGGAUAAAAAGAAAAUGGUGUACGAGUUAUGUCAGCAACUGUUGCUAACGGACGAGCAGGUGCAGGAGCUAACGUAUCGCAUAUUGCACGAACUGAGACGCGGACUGGCCAAGGAUACGCAUCCGAAGGCGAAUGUCAAGUGCUUCGUGACCUACGUGCAGGAUCUGCCCAAUGGCAAUGAGCGGGGCAAGUUCCUGGCCCUCGAUCUGGGCGGCACCAAUUUCCGUGUACUGCUCAUCCAUCUGCAGGAGAACAAUGACUUUCAGAUGGAGUCACGCAUCUAUGCUAUUCCACAGCACAUUAUGAUCGGUUCGGGUAUUCAGCUCUUCGAUCACAUUGCCGAAUGUCUGUCCAAUUUCAUGGCCGAGCAUAAUGUGUACUCGGAACGUCUGCCAUUGGGAUUCACGUUCUCCUUCCCGCUGCGGCAAUUGGGAUUGACCAAGGGAUUGCUGGCGACCUGGACGAAGGGAUUCGAUUGUGCGGGCGUGGUCGACGAGGAUGUUGUCCAGCUGCUGAAGGAUGCAAUUGCCAGACGUGGCGAUGUCCAGAUCGACAUCUGUGCCAUUCUCAACGACACGACGGGCACACUGAUGAGCUGCGCCUGGAAGAAUCACAGCUGCAAGAUCGGACUGAUUGUCGGCACCGGCUCGAAUGCCUGCUAUGUGGAGAAGGUGGAGGAGGCGCAGCUGUUCGAUGGCGCCGACAAUCGCAAGCCCCAUGUCCUUAUCAAUACGGAGUGGGGAGCGUUUGGUGAUAACGGUGCACUCGAUUUUGUGCGCACCGAAUUCGACAAGGACAUCGAUAGUCACAGCAUCAAUCCGGGCAAACAGACGUUCGAGAAGAUGAUAUCGGGCAUGUAUAUGGGAGAGCUGGUGCGUCUGGUUCUCGCCAAGAUGACCCACGACGGCAUCCUGUUCAAUGGCCAGGGAUCCGAGGUCCUCUUCACCCGCGGCCUCUUCUUCACCAAAUACGUGAGCGAAAUCGAAGCCGACGAGCCCGGCAAUUUCACCAACUGCCGCCUGGUGCUGGAGGAACUCGGGCUGUCCAAUGCCACCGACGGCGACUGCGCCAAUGUCCGUUACAUCUGCGAGUGCGUCUCGAAGCGGGCGGCGCAUCUGGUGUCGGCGGGAAUCGCGACGCUGAUCAACAAGAUGGACGAGCCACAUGUCACCGUCGGCGUCGAUGGCAGCGUCUAUCGAUUCCAUCCCAAGUUCCACAAUCUGAUGGUCGAGAAGAUCACGCAGCUGAUCAAGCCGGGCAUCACUUUCGAUCUGAUGCUCUCCGAGGAUGGAUCCGGGCGUGGAGCGGCGCUGGUGGCGGCCGUUGCCUGUCGAGAGGAUGUACUCAAUAGCAAGUAAUCGUUGUCGGUAUCGCUAUCGGUAUCGCUAUCGCUAUCGUUAUCGGCAUCAGAAUCAGGCGUCGCAGUUGCUAAGUAACAUAAACAAACACACACAAAACAAUCAAUUGACUUCGAAAUUCAUUCGAACUCGAACGCGAAAUUGAGUUAGUUUCCUUUGUAGCCGCUGCGGGGGUCACCCCUACCCACCGCCAGGUGGCGCCAACGCAGCGUGCUUCUCUUAUUAGUAUUUAAAUUAGGCAAGUUUUAGAUAAAACCGAAAAAACCGGAUAAGAAAGAAAAAAAAAACAAAACAUCAACAAUUAAUGGAAUAUAUGUAUGCUUCAGCAAUUGUGUUUCUCUCUCUAUUCUCCUCUCUUUUUCUGUUCUCAUUUUUACUACAUCUUCUAUAGUUAAAUAUAAAUUAUUUGCAUGCUUCAGUUAAUUGGUUAAAUGAUCCAUUCUCGAUUUUCGAUUUUCGUUACAAGCAAUCAAGAAAAAAUAUUGUUAAUAUUUACAUAUAUAUAUUUUACACAGACACAUAUAUAACAUACAAAUACAUAUAUGUAUAUGAUAUGCGAGUUUGCAAUUUGUUAUUAAAGCUGAGCAUAAAAAAUUGAAUGAAUUUUUCGAUUACGAAUUGGUAUUCCCGAAUAAGGGACAGGCAGAGACAGAGACAGAAGAAUCAGAAAAUACCAUCGCCAAAAAGUGUUAUACUGUGCUACAAGCAUCAUCAUAUCCUAAAACAGGACAAGACAAACACAAAAAA